CCAGGAACAGGAGAGCAUCCAGCUUCCUCGUGCAGCACUUACCUUUGUUAGAGCCAGUGAGGUGAGCAGAGUGAACAGGUGCUCCACAGGUCCGGUGUCACAAUGCAUAAGCAGAAGAGCAUAGGCGGAAAUGCGGUUUUCUACAGACCAGCUGAAGUAUCGACUGAAAUAAGAUCUGGAUAUUUGUACAAGUCUCCUCCUCCAAAACGAUUGAAGGCAGAGGUGACAAAAUCAUGGAAGAAGAGAUAUUUCGUCCUGUUCAAAGUCAGUGAUCAGGAACAUCAUCUAAAGUACUUCAGGAGUUCGGAAGAACAGGACAGGCCACUUGGAGGGAUCGACUUAGCACAAGUCUCACAGUUGCAUGGGAGCCCUCAACACCACCAGAGAUGGGGAUGGAUCCAGAAGAGCUUCAAGUGCUCCCCUUCAUGCGUGCUCUUCAUCAGGGCUGCAGACCGGGACUACUUCUUCGUGGGGGAAAACAGUUAUGAAGUGGACGGCUGGUUCUCUGACCUGUUUAAUGCCCUCAAAAACCGGCCACAUAAAUUUAUGAGUUCAGAGGAAUUGUGUAAUGGGCAGCGAACAGUUGAGGUUAUUUCAAACCCUUUCAUGCGGAAAAAGAAUUCAGCCAUUGAGCCUGAAAAGCCAGCAUUAAAAAUACGGUCCACGUCUGAUCCAACCCCAAAUGUUCUGGGUCUCACUGGAAAAUCAAAGGAUGAAGAUUAUUCCAGAAGACCUUCAUCAGAGCCUCCAAUCUAUGACUAUCCGAGAUCCUACUUGAGACAAGUACAAGUCUGGGAAAAUGGUUCCACCGUUGGCAAGAGCAUGGAGUCAGUAUAUGAAACAAUGGAGGAAAUUAGACAUAAUGAGCAAGUAGCUCAGGCAGUGGACCGUGAAGUUGAAGAAGUUACCAGUGGCAGUCUGAUGAGGUCUGUCACUCAGGCCUUUAAGAAACUGAAGACCCAGAUUUCUCCACUGCCCCCGUUCAAUGAGGAGACGGACACUGAAGACAGAGAAGAAACACAUCUGUCAGACUUCAGCAGCAGCUCCAGCGACAACGGGGCAAUCUCUCCUGUGGAGAGUCCAAAUAUGCUCACCCUGGAAAAUCAAAGCUCUACUGAGAGUCUUAACCCCAUCACCCCAGAGGAAAGAGAUAUUGAGGUCAGGCAGGCAGAUUUGAAAAAACACCUGACUCUAACAGAAGUGGAUAGGAAACCAAGUGUGUCCGGGUGGACAGGCCAGCCACAGACAGUGUGUCUCUUCCACAAAGGAGACCAAAUCCUGGCAAUCAAUGACUUGCACGUCAGCAGCGUGGAGGAGUUCAACACGUACAUCAGCAAGUCACUGAAGAACGAGGUGAAACUGACCAUCCUGCGUCUACCAGGACACCCACACCUGCAUUCUCCAAACUGUCCCUGCAGUGACUGGCCGCAAGCUGACAGUUAGAGAUGAGAGUUACUUCUACUAUUGUAUCUGGGUGUGUUUAAAUCAGUCUUUAGGAGCACUUCCUGCCUACAGUUGGUGAGUUUGUACCAAAUUCUGUUCCUGUUGAUCUGUCGUUCUACUACUUUACUCGAUUUAAAAAAAAAAUAAAAAAUAAAAAA